GUACUUGUAUUACUGUGAAUGGUGUAAACGCUCUCCACAAUCCACGGUAAUUGCUCUGGCAGAGGGAUCACUCUUGAAGAUUUAAAACAUGGCUAUGGUCUCCAAUGGGCGAUGACCCUACUAGCAUCUGAAGCUACCGGAGGUGAUUUCUAGUUGAGUGCUCGUUAUUGCAAAGUGGCCCCUACGCUUAGGUAUUCAAGGAAUUAAGGAUGCUACCUUCUAAGUUCACCAGUUUAGGAUACUUAGAGAAGAUGGAUAAUGAGACUCCUCUCACGUAUGUUCAGAAGAUCGUGUUUGCUUGUGACUAUUUGGCUUCGACCAAGAACAUGCCCCACCUUAGGCACAAAGAUAUGAUGGCUAGUAUGAUUAUACAUUGUUUACCCCAUAAGAACCCUUACAAAGACCUCAAGAAUAGGUUCAGUGACAUGCAUUAUGGUGAUGGUACCCCUAAUUGGUACAAAUAUGGGACUAGUGAUGGUAGGUGGAAGUAUGAUUCCGAGGUUCUUGCUACUAUACUAGAGGUUGCAGAAAUUAGCUAUGAGGAUGGAAAGUAUUCUGCGGGUUUUGGUAUGGGCUAUGGAGGAAUAGAAAGUGAUGGUGAGGAUGAUAUGAUCCAUGAUGAGCAAGCUAGUGAUGUUGAGGAGGAUAGUGAUGAUGAUGCGGUAGAGAUUGAGAAUCCUAACCCUAUAGUUCCUGAACCAACCAUUGAGAUAUCCAGUGGAUCUGAAGAUGAGCUUGAAGAGAAUAAUGUGGUUGAUAGUGAGCCACAGCAAAAUGAUGAGGCUAUGGAUGUGUAAUACCCCGAAAUUUUUAAACUCGAUUUAUUAAAAUUAAUAAUAUUUUAUUAACGUAAUUUCGUUUUAAUUAUUAGAAAUAAUUUAAAAAUUUCGUUAUUUUAAACGUUUUUACGAUUUAUUUUAAACGAUAAAUUUAUAAACGAAAAUUUAUUUAUUUUUCGUUAACGAUAUUUUUAUAAAGAAUUAUUUUAGCUUAACAUUUCUAUUUUUAGUAGUUUCCAAAAAUGGCAACCCAAUUUCUGAAUUUAUUCCAACUGUGUAAAAUUACAAAAAUGCCCUUAGAAAAUCAAAAAUUCCAUUUUUCCUCUUCUCUUUGCUUUCCACGUACAUUGCAAGAAUGAAGAAAAUUCUUCAUUCCUCUCCUUCCCUCAAUUCAGUCUUGAUUCAUGCCUUGCUCCUCAAGGAUUUCAGCUUCUCUUUCACUCUUCUUGACUAUACAAAUCAGUCUUAAUUCCAAUUGGAAUUCAACAUCAGAAAAUCAAAACCAAAACCAAAUUCAAGUUUUCAUUCCCUUCUCUGCUUCGAACCACCACCACCAUCGGUGGCUGCCACCACCAAAACCACCUUCAAUCACCACUACCCCUGCUGCCUAGCACCACCUCGAUCACCCACCACCGUCACAGCCACCCCUAUUUCCCUCCUCUCCUCGCAGCUCCACAACUCCCUUCCCUUGCCUCACUCUUUCUUUGUUCCUUGCGGCACCACCAACGUCGCGCCACCACUCCCAACCUCCCCCACCACCUUGUAAACCAACUCCCGCCCCCACAUACUCCGGCGAGCUAUAUAGUCGCCGCCCAGAACCGCUCCAAGUCACCCCCACCAAUUCCCCUGUUUCUCUCCCCUGUCCCGCCCUGCUCGUGCUCCCCCUUCCUUUCUCUCACCGUCGCACUGCCCUCAACCACCAUCGUCGGAGCGCUUUAGCGCCGCCGUACCGCCCAGGCUUCAGCCGCCACCUUCUCUUCCCUUCCUCUCUUUCGUGCCUGUUGCUUGCCCCUCCCCUCUGCUCGACAUUCACAAAGUCAGGAAACCAAUUUCCUGACUUGUGAAUUGUUCCCUUUAACCCAAAAUAAAAAGGGAUGGGCCCAAGUUCUAAUGGGUUUUGGUAAGCUCAUUCUCCAUUACUAUUUUCAGAUUUAUAAACUUAUCCUUCAUGUUUUUUUUUUUUUUUUUUAUCUAAAUAAAUUUGAUAAUAUGUUUCAAUAUAUGUUUAUAUAAUAAAUUACUAAUAAAUUUUUCAGGUAGGAAAACAUAUUUAAAUUACCGAUUUUACUAAAAUUAAGUUACUAGCUAGUAUUAACAAAAAUAAAUAUGUUUCAUGUAAAUCGAUUUAUAAAAUAAAAAUUUAGUUUUUAAUUGAAAUUUUGAUUAAUAAUAAUAUUAACGAUAAAACUAUGAAAUUAUAAUUUUUAUUAUUACAAUUCGUUAUUUAUAAUUAUUUAUAAACUUACUAUAAAGUAUUAAUAUUAAUCGUUAAUAACUAAUUGGAUGGUUUAAUAUUUUGAAAGAAAUCGAACUCGGAGCUCAGGAAGAACGGUCCAUCGAACAGGAAAUAUUAACUACGGUUGAGGUACGAAGAAGAUCAUGGGAUGCCUUAGAGUGAGGAUGCAACCAUCAAAUUCACGAUCAAUGUUUAGUAGAGACAAUUAUGUCAUUAGUAAUAAAGGGAUGUAUUAAUUAAACUCUAAGUUUGAUCUCAUGAUUUGAGUUAGAUUUUAAUACUAAUAUUAACCAAAUGCUAAAAGUAUUUAUUAUUAAAGUUUAUUUAGUAAUUUAAAAAGGUUAUGUCGCCUUGUAUUUUCCACGAGGGAAAUACGGCAAGUGACGCUCCGACUAAAUUAGGGUUUCCGCUGCUAAUUAAAGAUAAUUAACCUAAUUAAUGGUGUUUAGAAGUCGGGGUGUUACAGUUGAAGACUCGGAUCCGGAAGAAGAGUUGGAUGAUCCUAAUGAUCAAGAAUUUACUCCAGAGCAAUACAAGGAAAGAGAUGAUCGUCGUGAUGACGUUAGUCUCUAGAGAAAUGUAAUCCUUAGUUUUUUUUUUUUUUUUUCUUUCAUUGAUUAAUAAAGUGGCAAAGCUACUAUUUAUGGUUUUAGUUUAUUAUAGUUGGAGAAUAAAUGUUAUGG